AUGUGUGGUGUGGACUCGCUCAAUGGCACCCUGAAAUGUCCCCUCAACAUAUGCUGCUCGUUCCUUGGUUAUUGUGGCACUACUGAACUUCACUGUGUCAACUCCGAUCCUACACACUUGACCAUGCCGUGCCAGCAGGGUUAUGGUGACUGCCAAGUUGUUUCUCCUCCUUCCUGCAGCGCUUCCAAACACACAACCACCAAAGGUCGAAAGGUUGCAUAUUGGCAAUCUGGCAACGUCCGAUAUCGAACCUGCAACCGAGUCACUCCCUCCAAGAUUGACACCGAUGGCCUCACACAUCUCAAUUUUGCAUUCGCUUCGAUUGACCCUACGAACUUCAAUAUCGUCCCUACAGAUCCUGGAGAUCUCGCCCUAUACUCUCAAUUUACUGCACUGAGAUCUGCUGUUAUGCAAACUUGGAUUGCAAUUGGUGGAUUCGAUUUCAGUAGUCCUGGCCCAACCCACACGACCUGGUCCGACGUGAUCUCCACCUCGGCGAACAGAGCGGCGUUUAUUUCUUCUCUCAUUGGCUUCAUGACAGAAUGGGGUUUCCAAGGUGUUGACAUUGAUUGGGAAUAUCCUGCAAUUCCUGAUCGAGGUGGCAGACCCGAAGAUACCCAAAAUCUCGUAUAUCUGGUCGCCGAUAUGCGAACAGCAUUUGGUACGAAGUUUGGUAUCAGUGUUACGCUUCCGCCUGACUUUUAUUAUCUUGAGGGCUUCGACCCUAUGUCUAUGGAAUGUUAUGUUGAUUUCUUCAACUUCAUGGCAUAUGAUUUACAUGGGCCAUGGGAAGCUUCGGAUCUGGGCGCUUUUGUUCGGCCUCAAAGCAGCAUCAUUGAUAUCGAGAAUGACCUCCUACCGGUGUGGUUUGACGGAUUGAAUGCAUCGAAGAUAAAUCUCGGCGUCCCAUACUAUGGACGAGGAUACACUCUGAGUAACAGCUCCUGCACUGAUGUCGGAUGCCCAUACUCUGGCACCAGUCUGCCGGGUCCUUGCACCGAGAGCCCCGGUGUCUUGUCUCUAAGGGAAAUCAAGCAGGUUAUCAAAGCGAAGAAAUUGACCCCGAAACUGAUUACCAAUGCGAUGGUCAAGCAGAUUACGUGGGACAACCAGUGGGUCGGGUAUGAUGAUCACGAUACGAUUGCAAUGAAGAUGAAAUGGGGAGACCAGCAUUGCCUGGGUGGGACAGCCGUGUGGAGUAUCGAUUUUUACUCCGGUGCUGGCAGGUGA